CCAACGCAUCAGCGUUUCGCCAUCGUCGCAAUCAAUGUCGCGCCCUUCACCAAAGUUACUACAUCUUACGGUAUCUGUUCCGGCUGAUAUCAAAGGUCGUCGGCGAAGCGGGAGCAUCGUCAAGGUCGAAGAAGUCGGUGGGCGUACAGAGGAACUUUUGGACCGUAGCGCGUACCUCAAUAUCAAUGCUAACUGGGUGAAUGCAAAGGGUGCAUGGCUCAUACACGUCGUUUUGGUCUUCAUGGGAAAGAUCAUUAUCGAUACUAUACCUGGUAUGACGCAACAAAUCAGCUGGACACUCGUUAACCUUAUAUACCUCAAUCUCUCGUAUCUCAUGUUCCACUGGGUUACCGGCAUUCCCUUCGACAACGAGCUUCACGGCGGCGCAUAUGACGAUCUCACACUCUGGGAGCAAAUUGAUGACGGCGCGCAAUAUACACCAUCUAAAAAGUGGUUAUUCACUGCACCUAUAUUACUUUUCUUGGCUUCGACACACUACACGAAUUACAAUCCUUGGCUAUUCGCUAUCAAUCUCACCGCUCUCAUCGUACUUGCCAUCAUCCCAAAACUCCCUCAGCUUCACAGACAACGCGUUCGUUUCCUUACAGGCGACGCCUCAGGCGUCUCAACGCCUGUCACGCCCUCCUUCCCGAGGAUGGACCAGAAUCCACUACAUGCCACAAACCCAGCAGAUGCUCACUUCGGGUAGUAUCGUGCAUCCCUUCGCAUUGUUCAGCACUAGUGUUAUCUCUUUACGUAAGGAGGUUUUCUUUAGCCAUCAGGGGAGGAACGCAAUCUGCACAACAUAUACAUAAAUUCCCAUGCUGCAGUGAUAAUCUCAACUAA